UUUACCACGAGUGAAAUCAACAAAAAGUGAUUCACAACCACAUCCUAUUGCAUGAUAUAAUCAUUGGUUGUGUUUAUAGUGUUUGAUAAGAAUUACAACAAUAAUAAAAUAAUAAGCAAUAAAUAAUAACUAAAAUAAAUAGCCGAUUACAACCGCUAUAAAUUAAAUGGACCACGAUUACACUUUUAACUACUAUGAUAACAGAACCUACACAGUCUAUACGACAGCGCCGGUGGACGACAACAAACGAGGUGUUUUCGAUGCCAUCGUAAACACGGUUUACGAUCACUGCUCGCUAUGUAUUAUAUUAGUGAUGAUAUUAAUACCGCUGGUGCUGGCGAUGAUGGUGUCGGAGCCCUGUUUGGGCGCUGGUAUGUCAAUGGAUUGGUUUAUAUUUCAUAAACUCUUGGGCUAUCUCUGGGAUAAUCACGUGGAUGUCGUCAGAUCUGAUGUCCCCGUUUAG